AGAACGGAGCCCUGAGGAACGGGACAGAGGAGGUGCUGCACCUGGAGCAGUACCCCCCCAACAAGAGGCUGAAGACCAACCCCUGCAACAACAGCAAGGAGCAGCGCAUGGAAGAGGACCAGACCCGAGAGCAAAUGGUUUUUGGAGUUACGAACCACAGUGGGAGUCUCGAAGACAGCUGCUUGUCCUGCGGGAGGAGGAACCCAGCCACCUUCCACCCCCUCUUUGAAGGGGGUCUCUGCCAGACGUGCAGGGUAAGUGCUGUGGCGCUGGGGCUGAGCAGGAGCCCAGGGCUGGAGGAGGGGUGCUUCUGUGUGGAGUGUCUGGAGGUGCUGGUGGGACGAGGGACGUCGGCCAAGGCAAAAGAGCAGGAGCCCUGGAACUGCUACAUGUGCCAGCCCCAGAGGAGCUAUGGGGUGCUGCAGCGCCGGCAGGACUGGAACCCCCGCCUGCAGGACUUCUUCACCAGCGACAAGGGACAGGAAUACGCUGCACCCAAAAUCUACCCGACAGUGCCACCAGCAAAGAGGAGACCUAUUCGAGUGCUCUCUUUGUUCGACGGCAUCGCAACAGGGUACCUGGUGCUGAAGGACUUGGGCAUCCAAGUGGAGAAGUACAUCGCCUCGGAGAUCUGCGAAGAACCCAUUGCUGUGGGCACCAUGAAGCACGAGGGCAACAUCACCUACGUGCACGACGUCAGGAACAUCACCAAGAGAAACAUCGAGGAGUGGGGUCCCUUUGACCUGGUGAUCGGUGGAAGCCCCUGUAACGACCUCUCCCUUGUCAACCCGGCCAGGAAGGGGCUGUAUGAAGGAACCGGGAGGCUGUUCUUUGAAUUUUACCACCUGCUCAACUACGCCCGUCCCAAGGCCGGAGAGGAGCGACCCUUCUUCUGGAUGUUCGAGAAUGUGGUGGCCAUGAGGGUCAACGAUAAGAGGGACAUUUCCCGGUUUCUGGAGUGUAACCCGGUUAUGAUUGACGCCAUCAAGAUAUCAGCCGCCCACCGAGCGCGCUACUUCUGGGGCAACCUUCCAGGGAUGGACAGGAUCUUCGGCUUCCCCCUCCACUACACCGACGUCUCCAACAUGGGCCGUGGGUCUCGCCAGAAGCUGCUGGGGAAAUCGUGGAGCGUCCCUGUCAUCCAGCACCUCUUUUCCCCGCUCAAGGAUUAUUUUGCCUGUGAAUAG